AUGGCGCCUACCCAACAAGACAGUAUGAUGCUGGCUUCUACGCCACUCAAGAGCGCUCUACAGAGCCCCACAGGGGCCACGGAGGAGCCCGCAUCGUCUUUAUGCGAAGAUAUGUCCCUUAGCAAGCCGAUACUACCCCUUGUGCCCACUACCGACGUGUCUUCACUGCAAAAUAAGGCUCGAUUGGAGCACGUCGACUUCGCCGCUCUGUACCAGCGAUCUUCGCGCGACACAGAGGUCUUUGCGACGCUACAGGGGUUGGAAAAAGAAUUAGAAGAGGUCAAAGCUCAACGCAGGACGCAGAGCCAAAAUCAGAGCUCGACAGCAGAAGUACCAGCUUUGCGAUUCGCCCCGGACCAGCUACAGCAGCUUCUGACGACGCAGGAGGCCGGAGGUGCAGAGAACGCUGCAGGAAAGGAGCAUUCUAUGCACCUUCAUCCUGCUAGAAGCGCAGAGGCUAAGGGAAAGCCGAUGCGUCGCUUCCUGGUGUCGUCUACCACGCCGUUCGUCAUGAUGGCAGCCACGGGUGGAAGAAGUGGUGCACUCGCCGACUCGGAUGAGGAAACUGACGCGCAGUACCACAAAGUGCAGCAGCUUCGAUGGGAGGAGAAUAUUAUUUGGGGUAUCGACUUCAACGCUGAUUCUAAACGAGAAGAUGAGGAAGACAGAGGUGUGGAAGUGGAGGACUCGGUCGGAGGAGUCACCGUAGCUCAAGAGAAGAGGGCUCCAGUAAAAGGUAAUAGAUGGACGAAAGUCUCAGAGAAGAGUGAUGGUGGAUUCCAGACGUACAAGCAGCUACGCGCGGCGAGAGGACAGGAGACGCCUGUGUCGACCAUCAGUGGGGAGAACUUUGACAUGACGAAGCCCAGGAAUUACCGUUGGGAGCUAGAGGAUUCAUCAAAAGAAAAGAAGCAAGACGAGAAGGCUCAGGAAAAUGAGAUGCCAACGCUCCCAUGUCCACUGAAUAAGCAGCUACAGGACGACUCGUGGGUGACUGCUAUUGGGUGGAAAUCGACCCAGGACAUGCCCGAAAGCAAACUUGUGCUGGAUGACAACGAUGCGUCGCUCAUUUAUUCGGUCCCGGAGAUGGAAGAUGUGCGUCCGACCUUGCGUAUUCCUGAACGAAAGCUGGGAGCUGCUGAGCAGCGUCUGGCGCAGCUUGACAAGCAGCGGAUUGAGAAGAAACAGCGUAUUGACGAAGUAAUGGGCAACCUUGAGUUCGGCGAGGAGACGGCUGAAGGUCGAUUGGGUACCGAAGGAAGUGGCAAGAAGUCGAAGGACACUCGUGUGGUGAAGAACAUUGGCUAUGUGCACCACUCGCUGCCAGCUAUGAAGCUUUCGCUCACGAAGCCAGAACUCCCCAAGACAAAACUGCGCGACUUUCACCGACCGCGCGGUAAGUUCAAAAUCAACGAACGGCUGGAGUUCUUGCCACCGCCUCCAGGUGCUGCGAAAAUGGCUCCACAAGAGGAAAGUGCCAUGGUUACACAGAUAAAGAAAAGUUCCGACUUGAAUCCGACUGCUGGCGGGAAGUUAAUUCUGAUCGAGUACACAGAACAGCGCCCGCCGAUGCUGUCAAACCCGGGCAUGGCGUCUCGAAUCCUCCACUACUGGCGACCUCCAGAGGAUACAUCGGCUGGGUUGGGAAUUCUGGGUAAGAAGAAGGCUCGCAAGACACGUCCAAAGCCACCAGAUAUGAAGAUGGGCCAAGUCAUUACGCUUGGCGACCACGAUGAGUCUCCAUUUGUCGGUGACAUUCCUCCGGGACGAGUAGUGACGUCUCUUAACUCGAAGCUCUACAAGGUGCCACUUUUUCCGCACAAGCCGACGAUUCCGUUUGCUGCAAGUCCGGAUGCACGCGAGCGCAACAACUCGGAUAUCUUUUUGAUGUGUCGCUCGAUCACGAAGGGUAAGAAGGGAGCUGCAGCAGACAAAUCGGGCGGUCUUGGAGUUCCGAAGACUACGGUAUACAUCAUGGAGCUGCCUGAGGUCUUCGUCGCAGGCCAAAUUGAGCCUCAAAUCGAAGUCCCAGCGCCGAACUCUCGAAGUGCCAACGAGUUUAUCCGCCCGUACAUGUCGUUUCACAUUCUUCGUCUAUUCAAGAAAGCGAGCGAUGGAGAACGACUUAAGAUCGAGGACAUUGCGCGUGCAUUCCCGAAUCAGUCGGGUACCGCUAUCCGUAAGCGAAUGAAGGAGGUGGCUACAUUUGAGCGUGGCGGUAAUGAUUCAGGUUGGUGGAAGAAGAAACCGGUUUCGCAGCUGCAGAGCGAGGAAGAGAUCCGUGCUAGCAUCCCGCCUGAGAGCGUCUGUCUUUACGAGAGUAUGAUGUCUGGUCACAGACGGCUACUCGAUAUCGGACUGACCAAGCUCUUCACCCCUUCUGGCGUGAAUGGAGCCAUCAACCAUUUGAUCCGACGUCUGGAACUGCGCAAGAAUGCAUUGUCGACACGUCUUGUGCCUGCCAAUCUCGAGAGACGAGCACGGGAGAAGACUCAGGCGGAACUCUGGAAGAAGGACCCGGUGGUGCGCAAGCUCGAGAAAGAUAUUCAAGUCGCUCGUUAUAUUAACGAGCAGCUGCAGCUUACGCCUUGGAACUUGACGAACAAUUACGUCGAGUGCCAUCUACAAGGUAAAGGCUCUGGCAUGCUGCAACUUGGUGGCAUUGGUGACCCCACCGGUCGUGGUGAAGGCUUUAGCUUCGUCCGUGUGCCUCAGUCCCGCGCCAAGAAGAAAGACGGAGAGGAAGAUGCAGCUCCGACAGCUGAGAGCAAGAUUAGUGCGGAGACUGCAGCGGUGCAAAAAGCCGUGGCUGCUGUCACCGGUACGACUGCUGAUUUGCGUAAGCUGAAGAUGAAAGAGGCAGGUGAUGUGCUGCGCAAUCUGGGUCUGGCUGACGCGGAUAUCAAGAAACUUCGCCGUUGGGAUCGAAUUCAUAUGGUGCGUGAACUCAGUAGUCGUGCUACAGCCCACGGUGUGGCUGGUAGUUUGAGCAAAUUCGCUCGUGGCGCGCGUAAGUCGCUUUCUGCGCAGCAGCAAGAGUACCGCAAGAAGUGUGACGUGAUCUACGAGCGUCAAAUGGAUGUGCUGAGCUCCACGAAGACGACAUUUUCGUCGGAUGAAGAGUCUGAUGGCGAUGACGAGCUGGACGAACUGGGUGCGGAUGUCGAGGCUGACAUCUUGGGAGGCACAGAUACUAAACGCGGCCCGAAGAAUUUGUUCCGUAGUGGUGGUGGAGGUCUCAACCGCUCCAAGGAAGUGCUUGCAGAGCGGGAAGACGCUGUGGAGCUGCGUCGCCUGAUGGAAGAGAUGAACGAAGACACUGGAACCAGUGCGAACGCCAAACCGACGAGUGCUGUGCGUCGUCCUGAUGUGGACACCAACGGCUUGCGUAACCAGCUGCGUGCAAGUGGAAUUAAAGAGGGUGGCACUGGGGCGAGUGGCAUUUCUUCAGCCUCGGGCUUCGGGGCACGAUCCAACAUGAUGUCUCGUGGCGGCUCAACCGUGUCGUCUGCGCUGGCAACACCCACGGGUCAGCUGUCUCGAGUGUCCUCACCAACGCAUGGCAGUCGCACACCAGUCCCGUCGGAGCCACCAAGUGCGUCAAAGAAAAUUCCCGGCCGCAAGGUGCUAAAGCGUGUCGUGCGGACUAUUGAAGAGGACGGCAGCGAGAAUGUCCGCGUCCAGUUUAUCGUGGAUGAUAAACUGGUAGCCCGAUUCCGCGCGAUGCAGCAGCGCAAGGACCGUCAACAGAAGUCUGAUGAGCGCAACCAGCUUCGGAAGCGUAAACGCAUGCUCGCAUUGGAGGAUGACGGGAGUUUGCUGGACAAGGCUAAGAGACGCAAACAGCUGCAAGAAGAACUGAAGCAACUGGCGAAGACUGAGGCGCAGAACAAAGGAUACCAAGAAAUGCUGAAGAAGGGCGAGUCUGCGGAUGGCGCUGAUGGCGACGACGCUGACGAUGGGAGUGGGAAGGGGGUUAUUCGCUGUACGCAGUGUCUACAGGUUGGGCACAUGCGCACCAACCGCAGUUGUCCGCUGUACAUGGCUGAUGAAGUUCGUUCAAAGAAGUCGGGGGCUUUUUCUGAGAAGCAAGCGAACGCUAUGCUCGCGGAACCUUUGAAGCUCAAGAUGAAGAAGUCUCCGUCGGUCAUCACCGGUGGCGACUCGAGUACCAAGAUCACCGUGAACCUGGCGGAGCUGCGUGAGGGUGCACGCAAGCACAACGCAGAAAAGAAGCGCAAGCGAGAAAUGGAGGUGCGUGAGCAGGCAGAGCUGUACAAGAGACCCUAUGCGAAGGGCGCCAUCAAGCAGAGUCGCUCGCGUAUGCCCGUGGAGCACGUCAAUAACGCUCUGGAGAUGGUUGUGCAACGGCUGCUCGAAAUGCCGGAGAGCGAACUCUUCCGCGUGCCGGUGGAUGCCAGCAGUGUCCAGAAUUACUACCAGAUUGUCAAGCAGCCUAUGGAUCUGAGCACGAUUCAGCGCAAGAUUGAGGCCAAGGAGUACGACUCGAUGCGUGAGUUUGUCAAGGACCUGGAGCUGAUCGUCAACAACUCGCGCAUCUUCAACGGCGACCCGGCCAAGUCGGUCAUCACGGCCAACGCUCAAAAGGUGCUGCGUCGCGCUCAGGACGAGAUGGCAGUGCUCAAUGCAGAGGGCGGUACCCCGACCACGCCCACCACAGCAACAAUAGCCAUGCUGAAUUAAACAAACGCAGGCGACGAAGAAGAAAUGAUACAUACUUCGUAGCAAACACGACAGAAAAAAAUGUAGCGGCAGUAUUAUUUGUUG